AACGAUAGUUCAUUUGUGUAUAACCGUGAAAUAAGGGGUAGACUGUUUAUCAAAUCUUUAACUUGUAAAUAUUUCAUUCGAAAACUGCCAUGGAUUAAAAACCGAUUUUGCUCAUACCAUUAUAAAAUUAGGACAAAACGAUAAAGAGCUAAUAUCAGGAAUUCAAGGAGGAUUGGGCGUUUAUACACGAAAGAAUGGGAGUUUUGAAGUCUUUGAUUGUAGUCGGUAUAUUGGUCGCCGUAAUAGCAUAUUAUGUACGUCCAGUCUUUCCGGAAACAGCCAGUAAUCAUGGUUUGAAAACGUUUGUUGGUUUGAGCUUCAAGUUUAUGCAAGCUGCGAGUUCGUUUGGAAGAUUCUUUGGAUUUUCACCGGUUAACAUCACUAGAACUUUGCUCGGAGUUUCUGCUGUGUUCGACAAGCCAUCUGAGAAUGUAGAGGUAUAUACAACUACCAUGGAUGGUGUAGAAGUAAUGAUAUUUAAGCCUGUGGGAAAAUCAGAUGGAUUGCGUCCCGGCAUUCUUCAUUAUCAUGGUGGUGGAUGGGUGCAUCUUUCACCAAAACUAUAUGCCCCGUUUUGCAAGGAAGUUGUUGAACAAACACAGAGUGUUCUUGUUUCAGUAAAAUACAGACUUGCUCCUGAAAAUCUCUACCCUGCACCUUUGGAGGAUUGCAUAACAGCGUCAAAGUAUUUCCUCAGAAAUGCAGAGAAAUACGGCGUGGAUAAAAAUCGCAUAGGCGUGAAAGGUGACAGUGCUGGGGGGAAUCUUGCCAUGGCUGCAGCGCUUAAACUUUCCAAGGAACAAGAUUUGCCGAGUUUGAAGUUCAUGUCGCUGGACUACCCAGCACUCCAGUUCUUUGAUUUCAACCUUCCAUGCUACCAGAAAUAUGAGCAUGGUCCAGGAUUUCUUACCAAACGUUUGAUUAUUAUGUACGCUCUUCUUCAUGCGUUUGGCAACUUAGAUUACUACGAUCUACUGUAUGAAAACCGUCAUAUAACAGAUGAAUUAAGAGAAUCAAAAUAUGCCCAAUACGUUAGUAAAGACAUUCUGCCACCAUUUAUUCAAACUGAUGCUAAAAAUGAAAGUGUUAUUUCAACACAAAGUGCUAACAUGCGCUCAAAGGUUCCAGAGGAGAUCAUCAACAAAAUAACAGAUUCAUACUUUGCACCUCUUAUGGCUUCCGACGAAGAUUUAAAGCGUUUACCACCAACUUAUAUCUUUAACGCUGAAUUUGACGUUCUAAGAGACGACGGAUUUUUAUUAAAAUCAAGACUAGAGAAGUUAGGUAAAACUGUAAAGAUGUCCCAUUUAGUAACGGAGGAACAUGGAUAUCUUAACUUUGUGACACUAGAUCCAACAGUACGAGAUGAAAUUAAUAGAUUUGCUAUAUUCUUCAAUGAAACUCUUAGUAUUGGAACCUUGUAGGAAUAUGUGGUGGAUAUAAAUCACUUAAAUUAGAUGAAUAUUAUGUUUUUGAACGUGCUUACUUACAAGUUGUCAGCCAUAUACAUCAAAUUACAGUGCAAUACUAAUUAAAACACAACAUAGACAUGUUUGCCAGCAGGUAAAUAUAGAUAUAGAUAUCUCCGAACAUUUUUUGGCAACAGUUGUUUGUAAAUACUUUUUUUCUGCGACACUUCUCGAUCUGAAUGACUGAUAUGUGCUGAUUAAGGACUAAGGCGUAUGUAAGGAGAGCCUAUCUAUCUUAUAUAUCAUUACAACAGGCAUGUGGUAUCAAUCGAAACAAUAGAAGAUAAAUAGUAAUAAUUAUUUCAUUUUUCAUCACAAUCAUUAUUUAUGGAGAUCAAGAUUAUCAAUGUAAUAUUGACUUGACAUUCAAGAAAAUAUCAAAGUCUUAAUAGAUGUACGAAAGUCUAUUUUCCUUUGAAAUAAAUGUAAAAAUAUAUGUUUCCAAAUUUUCUUCUGGUCUAUGUUUUGUAAUUAUAUAAUCAUAUUGUACUAAUGUAUCAAAUCGUUUGAUCGGUUUAUUGCAAUUCUUGUAUUUCAGACAUAAAGUCUUCUAAGUUUACUUCAGUAUUAUUUAAUUGCAUCAUACAUCGAUUUAUUUUAGUCGGUGGCGUAAAUGUACCCGUAAAAAGUUGCUAAGGAUACGCAGAGACGUAAUUAUCAAAAACGGACUUUGAUGGUAAACUUCGACGUCAUGUGUACAAGAAAAUAGCUCAAACUAUUGAAAUCUAAUCUAAAAUAUGAGUAUCUUUUCACAUGCUAAUUUCUAAUUUCACAUGCUAAAGUGUCGCGUUCUGUCUUUAGUCACUCCGAUUCAAUAAAAAGAGGCAAAUGUUACUAAAGGCAUUUCAUUUGAUUGAUACAUUUUGAUGUACAAUAUUUCAAUCUAAAAAUUGACUAACCUCAACGUAAUUUCAAAAAUUGAAAUACUAUUUUUUUAUUCUUUUUCAAUAUAAACGUUCCAUGAUGUGAAAAAAUAAAAGCUUUCUAUACAGAGAUGUUCCUUUUGCCUAGAUAUAGUUCAUACUUUUUAUAGAUAGACCCUACGAUGUUUUUAUGCAUAUGUACUCAGAGAAAAUGAAGAAUUCUAAACAAGCAAAAAUAACAUUGAUACCAUAGUUAGAUAUGUAAUGUAUGACGAGGAAUGAUAUAUUUAACAUUUUGUUACUAAACUUCUGCUUCUUUGUUAAAUGAUCACAAAUGUACAGUUUGCUUCCUAGAGCUAACAAUCACUGUUUAGAGAUAUUUAUAUUGACUGUUUGAAUUAGUGAUAGUAUGAAAGUACCCAUAAUGA